AAGCUCUCAUACGGCAGGGAUGGGUGAUCCAGCAAACCUGGUGGAGUCCAUCACACCGCCUGUUGUCACAGCGAUUCCUGCAGGGGAAAUGCAAGAUGCAGGUAAAGGCCUGUUAUCCAGUAAGAACGGGAAGAAGCCGGACUCUGGCUCCAGCAGCAGCAGCAGUUUCUUCACCUGGUUCAUCGUGCUGGCCCUGCUCGGUGUCUGGACUUCUGUGGCUGUGGUCUACUUUGACCUGGUCGACUAUCAAGGAGUUCUAGACAAGGCUAAGGGCAUACAGAUUAACCUGUCUGAAACCUUGCAAGAACCGCAUGCAGUCCUGACCUGCACCCCAACCACACCCCUAGCUAGAGCAUCUAGUGCAUUACAAGGUAAACUGGCGGCGUACGACACUGAUGGAGAUGGUGACUUUGAUGUGGAGGACGCUAAGGUGCUUCUAGGACUGAAAGAAAAGGCUGCUGACGCUUUCACCCGUAGUGAGGAUUCUGCUCCUGCUGUGGAUGCUGAGGAACCUGAACCAACACCAGAAGCCAUAGUUGAACCGGACCCUGAGCCUGUGGAAGAUCUGACUGAGGAUGAGAUUGAAGCUGCUGUGGCAGAGGAGACUGCAGCGCCAUCACUAGAAGCUGAGCCUGAAGUACCUGCUGAGCCUAAGAUGGUGGAACCAGAACCAGAACCCGAGGAGAUUCCUGAGGUGAUAGAGGAGGAUCCAGAGGUGCUUGAGGAGGAGCUUCCUGUGGAGGAGGAGCCAGCUGAGGAGGAAACUGAGGAGGCCAGGGAUGCAGAACAAACCGAGAACUCUGAUCAGCCCAUAGAGGAGGAGAAACUUCCUGCUGGAGUUCUGGAGGAGCCAGUUCAACAGCAGGAGGAGGAGGAUGCUCCCGCUGAGGAAGCGGCAGAGGAGACCUUCGCAGAAGAAGCUGUGGAGGACUUAGCUACCACAGAAGAAGAGGAAGAACCUGUGGAGGAAAUGGGAGGAGCUCCUUCAGAGGAGCCUGCUGGGGAGGGGCCUGCAGAAGAAGCUGGACACUCAGAGGAUGUAGCUGAGGAUGAGACAGAGCCCCCAGAGGAAGCUGCUGUAGAAAAACAAGAAGCAGCUGUGGAGGAGAAAGAGACUUUCUCAGAAGAACCAACCAUAGAAGAAGAAGCUGAUGAGCAGGAGGAGCCUGCAGAGGAGGAGGAGCCUGCAGAGGAGGAGGAGCCUGCAGAGGAUGAGGAGAGGGGCCAAUAG